AUGGACUUCCAUGGUCCCGCUCGGUAUUGCAGGAAUGGGGCUGAAGGGACCGGUACACACAGAGCCCAGCGCUGCUCGAUCCCGGCUCUGAUCCCGGCUCUGAUCCCGGCUCUGAUCCCGGAGCUGCUCCCGGCUCUGCUCCCGGCUCUGCUACCGGCUCUGAUCCCGGCUCUGAUCCCGGCUGUGUUACCGGCUCUGAUCCCGGCUGUGUUACCGGCUCUGAUCCCGGCUCUGAUCCCGGCGCUGCUCCCGGCACUGACCGACGCCGCGGCCGAGCGGGAAUAUUCAUUACCUUAUACGCCACAGUUUGCACAAUGCAACGAUCCCAGGACUGAAUUCUAUGAUGAAGAACUUAAUAAAUGUUGCAGCCAGUGCCCUCCAGGUCAGUACAGGACAGGGAGCUGCAGUCACACUGUGGACACCAAGUGCAGGCCCUGCAGACCUAAAACGUACACAGCCGUCUGGAAUCGUUCUCCACUGUGCUUUGCCUGCUCACCACCCUGCAGGAAAGGGCUUGUACAGAAUCAAACAUGCACGAGGUCCCAGGACAGAGUCUGCAGCUGCCCACCCCACAAGUACUGUGUUUCCAAGCUAGACCAGUACUGCGAGCUGUGCAGAGUCCAUAAAAAAUGUGGCAAAGGUUACCGGGUUUCCAGAAAAGGAACAGCCAGCACAGACACAGAAUGUAAACCUUGUCCUCCUGGCACGUUCUCCCCUGAGGAGUCCUACAACACCAGCUGUACACCCCACACCAUUUGUAAAUCAGUGGCUGUUCCUGGCAACAGCAGGAAUGACACUGUUUGUAGUGACUCAGGAACAGCCACAGUUCUGUCUCACACCAUUCUGAACCUGCUUCUGACCCAAAGCUCAGAUUCCCACAAACCUGAAAUAAUAACUCAACCUGUCAUGUUAAACUCUGUACCUGACCUCUCCCACAUCACUGGAGCAGUAGCAGGGCCAUUGUUAUUGGUCCUGAUAAUUGCUGUUUUGGGGUACUGCUUAGUCUCAAAAAAAAAAGCCCUUGGGUACUCUGCACCAGCUACAGAAGCAGAUUUGCCUUCUGCCCCUCCAGAAAAACAGUGUGACGAAAAAGUGAGAGAUACAGAAUUGCAGAACUCCAGGAGCUCUGAACAGGAGCAACAGCAUCUCUCGGAAGCUUCUGGGUCCAGCAGUAGCAUCCUGAAUAAUCCAACUGGAUCUGCAAGCAUCAGUGUAUUAAGUAAAAACAAUCAUGAAAAGAAAAACCCAGGAGGAUUUCAGCAGCAACAUUCACCUCGAGAAGGUUCUCAACUUCAGAGUGGAGACAGACACAGCUCUGUGAGUUCAGAACAUUCUGGUAAUGAAGGAACACAGGUGAAUGUGAUGUGCAUUGUUAAAUUCUGUAACCCAGACUGCAGCUCCCAGUGCCUUGAGCAGACUCAUUCAACUGGCAGGGAUUAUGGACACACUCCCUGUUAUUCCCCAACAGGGGGAGAAACCCUGCUUUCAAAAGAAGAAAACACCUUAAAAAAAGAAACUGAAAUUCAGAUUGCAGUGGAAAAUGAGGACAAUUUACUUCAAGACUUACUCCAGAAGGAGGUUCCUCUGGGUAUUCAGGAUGCUGGGAUGAAAACCAGUUAA